CUCGUUCUGAGGAACUGUUUCCGGUGUCAGUCAGCAGUGUGUAAACAGUCCGCUGUCUGUUUCACUAGUUUUUCUAGUUUUAGUUAGUACUACCAUAGAUAUAUAUAAAGUACUUACUUAGUACUUCGGAUUCACAGCUUGAAAUAAACUUUAUUGAAACUCUUUGACACUACAGCAGCCUCGGACAUGAACGCGCUGCUGGGGCGGUGUUUCCUGCGGAGGCUCGCGCACGGGACAUGGAGAGGUUUCCACGUGACGGCACCGGCAGCGACCUUUGACCUGAGGAGGGUUGAGUUGACUCCUCUGGAGCAACGGAAACUCACCUUUGACUCCCACACCAUGGUGACGGAGCUGGAGAGCAGCGGUUUUGAGAAGCGCCAGGCGGAGCUGAUCGUCUCCGCCCUCGUUACCUUGGCGACGGCCAACAUGGACAUCGUUUAUAAAGACAUGGUGACCAAAUCCCACCAGGAGAUUGCCCUGCAGCAGAUCAUGGCUCACCUGGAUGCCAUCAGGAAGGACAUGGUGAUUCUGGAAAAGAGCGACUUCGCCAACCUGCGCUCUGAGAACACGAAAAUGAAGCAAGAGUUGGAGCAGCUGCAGACCAGACUGAAGGAGGAGAGUCAGAAAGUUCGAGCAGAAACCAAACUGGACAUCAACCUGGAGCGCAGCCGCAUCUCGGACGUGUUUACAGAACAGGAGAAGAAGCUGAUGGAGGCGAGCACCGAGUUUCACCACAAGAAAGCAGACCUGGAAAACGACAACAUGGAGAUCAACAGGAAGAUCGACCUGCAGGUGGCGUCGCUCAAAACGGUCCUCGAGUCUCUGAAACUGGAGACGAUCCGCUACCUCGCAGCGACGGUGUUUUCGUGCCUGGCCAUCGCUCUAGGAGUGUACCGGCUCUGGAGGUGAACGGACUCGUUCACCUCGUAUUCCUACGCCGCACAAAGUAGUUCCAGUGAAAACUCGACCCCGAGAUCCGUUUGGAAAACGUCACAAAGCUGCAAAAUGUCACAAAUUACAAUUACUCACGUUACUGUAAUUGAAUAGUUUUUAAAAAUCUGUACUUUUACUUUUACUUCAGUAUGUUUUAGUUUGAAUUGUUGUACUCUGAUACAUUUUAAAUCACAU